UACACGAACUCAUCUCAUAUUCAAAAAUGACCAUACCAUCUCACAUCUUACUUCCCAUUCUUUCUCUUCUUUUCUUCUCUAAAAUCACCUGGUCAGUUUCAUCAGAUGAUUUCCUCCGCUGCUUCUCACAUUCUCACGGAACUUCAAAUAUUAUUUUCACCCCGAAAAACUCCUCCUACUCCUCCAUCCUCCUCGCAAGAAUCGAUAACUUGCGUUUCGCCUCCCCAUCUACCCCGAAACCUGUACUCAUUGUCACACCACUAGACGAAUCCCAAAUCCAAACCGUCAUUUAUUGCGCCAAAAAAACCAACAUUCAAAUUCGAAUCCGUGACGGCGGUCACGACUUCGAGGGCCAAUCAUAUCGAGCAACAGAACGGUUUCUGUUGCUCGAUUUGAUCAACUUCCGAUCCGUAAAAAUAAAUACCAAAAAUAAAGUUGCAUGGAUCGGAGCGGGCCUAACACUAGGAGAACUUUACUAUAAAAUUUCGCAAAAAAGUUCUACUCUAGGUUUCCCCGCGGGCCUUUGGUCCACCGUUGGAGUUAGCGGCUUCUUAGGUGGCGGAGGCUACGGCAUGAUGAAGCGAAAAUUCGGCCUCGCUGCUGAUAACACCCUCGACGCUCGUUUCAUCGAUGUUAAUGGAAGAAUUCUUAAUAGAAAAUCAAUGGGAGAAGAUCUUUUCUGGGCCAUCAGAGGAGGCGGAAUUUCCAGCUAUGGAAUCGUCACUCUGUGGAAAAUCAAACUCGUUCCUGUCCCGAAACUUGUGACAAUUUUUGGAGUCGUGAGAACUCUGGAACAGAACGGAUCAGAACUUUUUCAAGAAUGGCAAACAAUCUCCCCCAACUUCGAGAGCAGGGAUCUAGAUGUUCGAGUCGUCGUAGACACUAUCCAGAGCAAUUCAAGUCCUCGGACAGAUAAAAAGACUGUGAGAUUCAUUUUCCAGUCUUUAUUCCUCGGUAGAAUUAAUAAACUUCUCCCGAUCAUGCAAAAAAGCUUCCCUCAAUUAGGCCUAACGCGACGAGACUGCACCGAGCUGAGCUGGAUUCAAUCAGCCCCAUUCUUCUCAAACUUCUCAAUCAACACUCCCCCUGAAAUUCUACUCAACAGGAGUGCCAUUCCAAGGUUCCCUUACAAAGGCAAAUCCAGCUUCGUCGAUCAUCCCAUUUCGUCAAAAGGCCUAAAGGGUGUCUGGAACAGAAUGCUCCAGCUCCCCACACAAGUAGUCUUGAUCCAGUACACGCCCUUUGGAGGGAUCAUGAACGAGUUUUCGGAGUCCUCCCUGCCCUUCCCUCACAGGCCUGGAGUCCUGUACAUGAUCAACAUUGGGAUCACUAUCGAUAAUAAUGUGAAACAAAGGCUUCGAUGGAUCGAUGAGCUGUUUAGGUACUAUGGUCCAUUUGUUACCAAGAAUCCGAGGACUUCUUAUGUGAAUUAUCUUGAUCUUGAUCUUGGAACAGGGAACUCCAGCUAUGAAGAAGCUAGUGCUUGGGGAAAAAUGUACUUUAAGGAUAAUUUUGACAGGUUGAUUAAGGUGAAAACUGCUGUGGAUCCUGAUAAUUUCUUCAGGCAUGAGCAGAGCAUCCCUGCUCUUUUCAUAUGAUCAGUUCAAUCUCCUUUUUUCUGAUAAUUUAUUAAUAAGUUGCCUUUGUUUUGUUCAAACUAAUACUUCCUCCUUUGUUUAAGUGUACAUUUGGGCAAAACUUGAGGAAACUUGUUUAACAUUGAAUGUAA